GUCCACCGCAUCGUCCACAGGGUCACUGGGGAGGUGGUGGCCCUGCGUCACAAAGUCAUCCACCUCCCUACCAAUGAUGACUUUGAGGCAGUGACCCUUGGGUUUGCACGGCUGGCGAGGCACAGGGCCUUUAGGGGAGCAGCUGGGGCAAUAGAUGGCUGCCAUGUAAGAAUCAGGCCACCCAGCGGCCCUGAUGGUCACAGCUACAGAAACAGGAAACUGUUUCACAGCAUUAUCCUACAGGCUGUGACCAUCAGGGCCGCUUCAUAGACACCUAUAUGGGGUGGCCUGGUUCUGUUCAUGAUGCCAGAGUGCUUCGACACAGUCCUCUGUACCAGAGAGGACUGUAUCCUCCUCCAGGGCACUUCAUCCUCGGAGAUGGAGGGUACCCCUGUCUCCAGCAUCCACUCCCCCUCAUCACUCCCUAUAAGUGGCCAGUGCACGGUGUGGGAGCCCAGCGCUUCAAUUUUCAUCAUUCCAAGGCACGUUCAAUUAUUGAGCGUGCCUUUGGAAUGAUGAAAACAAGAUUCAGGGCCAUCUUUUUUCAUGCGCUGGAGGUCCACCACACUUUUGCACCACAUGUCAUCACUGCCUGUGCCGUCCUCCAUAACAUCUGCCUUGGGGCUGGAGACAUCGUGGCCCUGGAGGACGAGCCACAGGAGAAUGUAGUGGAGGACGAGGGGAACAAUGAAGUGGAGGCCGUUGCUGGAGCACAGUGGCGGGACCAGCUGUCUGCUGAGGUCUCUGCCCUGGAGGAGGUGCCCAUGGAUCAUGAUUAUAUCUAGUGACAUGCCAGUCAUCUAUUGCCCCAGCCAGCCCUGCAAACCCAGCCCAUGAACGAUGCGGUGGACAGUGGAGCAGCACCCGGUGUGACAGCCCCACAUACCAGCCAGAAGAUGAAGACCUCAAUCUCAGCACUGUCAAGUCGGUCCAGGCAGAGAAGAUUGAUUAGCACUGCCAAGGUCCCUAGAAGUGUGUCUUCAUGAUUAAAACCUGG